ACCUAAGUAGCGGUUGGCUCUAACUCCAUCUCCCAGGUGUCAUUGCGUGCGGUCUGUUUCUAGGUGUCUAGCAACAGCUAUAAGCCCAGACAGCCGGCGGCAACGGGAGCGGUGUUUCUUGAGAUAUGAGCGGCAGCGGGCGGCCCAGGACCAGCUCGUUUGCUGAGCCGCCAGGUGUUCCAGGAGCCGCUGCUGCGUCCGCCGGAUCAGCCGCUGCCGUGGGGAGCAGCACAGGAAAGACCGGGGUCUCGCAGGCCUCCGGUAGCAGCUCGUCAGGAUGCUCCAACCUUAAGCUUGCCAGAGACAGCGGGAAGGUGACAACAGUCGUGGCCACACCGGGUCAGGGACCGGACCGCCCGCAGGAAGUCUCCUACACUGACAUCAAGGUCAUUGGCAAUGGGUCGUUUGGUGUGGUGUACCAAGCUCGCCUCAUCGACACACAGGAGAUGGUGGCCAUCAAAAAGGUUCUGCAGGAUAAGAGGUUCAAGAAUCGGGAACUACAGAUCAUGAGGAAGUUGGACCACUGCAACAUUGUCCGAUUACGUUAUUUCUUCUACUCUAGUGGCGAGAAGAAGGAUGAAGUGUACCUCAACCUCGUGCUGGACUUUGUCCCCGAGACGGUCUACAGGGUUGCCAGGCAUUUUAACAAGGCCAAGAGCAUUAUUCCUAUCAUAUAUGUGAAGGUGUACAUGUACCAGUUGUUUCGCAGUCUGGCUUAUAUCCAUUCCCAAGGUGUGUGUCACAGAGACAUCAAGCCCCAAAACCUGCUCGUCGACCCAGAAACUGCCGUCCUAAAGCUGUGUGACUUUGGCAGCGCAAAGCAGCUUAUCCGGGGUGAACCAAAUGUGUCGUAUAUCUGCUCACGGUACUACCGCGCCCCAGAGCUGAUUUUUGGCGCCACAGACUACACAGCAAACAUCGACAUCUGGUCAGCUGGCUGCGUACUGGCAGAGCUGCUGCUCGGACAGCCCAUAUUCCCCGGCGACAGUGGAGUGGAUCAGCUAGUGGAGAUUAUCAAAGUGUUAGGAACACCAACAAGGGAACAAAUUCGAGAGAUGAAUCCAAACUACACAGAAUUCAAGUUCCCUCAGAUCAAAGCGCAUCCUUGGACCAAGGUGUUUAAACCUCGCACCCCUCCAGAGGCCAUUGCGCUUUGCUCUCGGCUGCUGGAGUACACGCCAGCCUCACGCCUCUCCCCGCUAGAGGCCUGUGCACAUGCCUUCUUCGACGAACUGCGCCAGCCAAACACGAGGCUGCCCAGUGGACGAGAACUGCCGAUGCUCUUCAACUUUAGCACCACAGAGCUGUCGAUCCAGCCUCAGCUGAACUCAAUCCUCAUUCCUCCUCACGCUCGCUCUCACACAGCUGCUUCUGCACACGAUGGUACCGGUUCAGAUUCAUCUCAACACAGUUCAGUACCAGGAUCUCUCAACAGCAUCUGAAGCAGCUUCUCACCCAUCUGCCUGCAAAGCAUCACCCCGUUUUCUCAGACAAACACACACUCUGUGUCCACAGCUGUCCACCAUGCUGCUUUGCUAUCUUCUUCCAUGGUCUGUUUCUGUACAGUAAAUCCACUGAGCAAAC